CGUACAUCUCCACUGUGAUUGGCUCAAGGUGACGCAUCUGGCCCUUUCUCGCUGACACUCGGCCAGUUCAAAGCGUUUUGCGCGCGCUUCCGUGUCCAUGUUCUCGGCUCUCCUGAGCUACCUCGACCUGAUUUUCCUGAUUGGAGCUUGGCUGAGCCAAUGGGGCUCGAUCCUGACUCAGGCCUCCUGGGCGGCGGAGGCGCACUUCGAGAGGGAUGCGGCGGCGGCGCCGCCAUUUGGGUAUGUCACCGUCUUUGUCGGCCUCGUUGGAGUCGCAGUGACCAAUAGACUUGGUGCCCGGUAUCGAUCACGCUUCAUGAGAAGAAGAGACAAUUGCAUUGCCAUUCUCUCUAGGGGAUCGGCGCGGAUUCGGCGCUGUGUCUCCCGGGAAGUGUAUGUUUAUGCCGUUCGCUUUGUCUACCACGGCGAGUGGCCGCCGCCCCCUGCCCCCGUGGAGAGGCAGAGAGCUAGUGGCCAAUUGCCCGAGGAAAGCUGAGUCUGCGAUAGCAGAUGAUGGGAGCCUGGUAUACCCUCGCAAUUCCGUGUUUAGAGUGCGUUCGCAUCGAUUAGCGUUUGGUACGUUGGAUGAGCGCCGAUUGGCGCUGAGCUAGCGAUGAUCAGCCUUGAUUAACAUAGAGUCGCACGAGCCAGCAAGAUGGUCUGGGAGGCUCCCAUGAGGUGCCACCGAAUCAGUUACGUGAGGUGUUCAUGAGUCGACUUCCGGAGGGGCUCUCUGGCGCCAUCCUGGGACUGCCUCGGGGCUUUCUUCGGCAGCGAGUCCGGGGUGGGAGUGACAAGGAGAAGGCCUCCUCAGAAGGCUCGGGGGUCUCUCGGCCUUCUGAGAAGUUUCUAAGCCUUCCCCCUGAGGGCGCAGAACAUUUCUCAGGAGGCGCGAGGGCUUCUGAAAAGUCCCGCCGCCUCCUGAGGAGGCCUCCUCCUUUUCACUUCCCCCCCUCGCUCGCCGCCGAUCUCUUCUGUCCCUCCCGAGUCUCCCUUGGGGCCUCCCGCGGCCAUCUGGGGCCGUGCUGGGCCGUCUCGGGGCGCUGUUGGGCUGUGGCGGUCCUGGACGCCGUGCCGGAGCCCGCAGAACCUUCGCGGGUAUCUGCGGGGCCGUCCAGGGGCCCUCCUGGCCGCAUCGGGGCUGUGUUGGG